UAAGAAAACGAAAUCUAUUUCCUCUGAAUGGAUCGUGAAUUUUGCUGCCUAGAACUCGCGUCAAACUAAUUACUUCCCUCUUGGUCAAACGUCCAAUGGUUCAUCUUUUGACUUUGGCCACCUGCCCAACCACUGAUCGUCCCAAUCGUUUUGGUUCAAAAAGAGACAACAAUAAUCGCAAUUUACAGGCCCUUGAGUAAUACUUUUCUCUUUUUCUCUCUCACGCAGACACUAAAAAAGAUUUGAGAGAAUAAAAAAAAAAAAAAAAAAAAACAGAUACAAGAUGAGCGAUGUAAAUCACCAAAGGAUCAAAACCAACGGGAUAUGGAUUCAUGUAGCAGAGAAAGGGAGUGGUCCACUGGUUCUCUUGCUUCAUGGCUUCCCAGAGCUCUGGUAUUCAUGGCGGCAUCAGAUUGACUUCUUGGCUGACCAUGGAUAUCAUGUCGUGGCACCUGAUUUGCGAGGCUAUGGGGACUCUGAUUCUCCACUUAGCCCUAGCUCUUACACCAUCUUUCACUUGGUUGGAGACCUUAUCGGACUAAUUGACCAUUUUGGUGAAGAAAAGGCAUUCAUUGUGGGAAAUGACUGGGGAGCAGUUGUUGGGUGGCAUAUAGGCUUGUUCAGGCCUGAUAAAGUCAGGGGUCUGGUUGCUUUAACUGUUCCUUACUUUCCAAGAUCUCCAACCAUUGCAACUACUGAAUCUCUCAGGCAAAAUUUUGGAGAUGGGUGUCAUGUUGUUCAGUUUCAGGAACCAGGAAGAGCAGAGAGGGCAUUUGCUAGAUACGACUAUUCAACAGUGAUGAAGAAGUUCUUGCUGAUAACCGACCAAGUUUUCUUAGCUCCUCCUGACAUGGAGAUGAUCGAUUAUCUGGAGACUCCAUGGUCGUUGCCAUCAUGGAUUACCGAAGAGGAGAUCCGAGUUUUUGCUGAAAAGUAUGAAGAAUCUGGUUUUACUGGUCCUCUCAACCACUACCGUGCUAUGGACUUGAGUUGGGAGCUCCUUGCACCGUGGCAAGAAGCAAAAAUUGUGGUUCCGACAAAGUUCAUAACAGGUGACAAAGAUAUUGGUUUUGAGGCUUUUGGUACUAAGGAAUUUGUGAAAGGUGAUGUUUUUAAGAGCUUUGUCCCAAACCUUGAAGUUGUUAUCAUUCCAGACGGCCACCAUUUUAUCAACCAAGAGAAACCUCAACAAAUCUCAGAGGAAAUACUUUCUUUUCUUCGCUCACAGUAUGUGGAUUCAUGAAAAAGUAUCUUUUUGUUGUGAUGAUAUGUAUAAUGUUCCCCUAAACCUAUUCCCCUAGACAGUGGUUUAAUCAAAAAAAAAAAAAAAAAAACAGAAGGGGAAAGUAAUCCAAGCUAUUUUAAUUUACUUUGUGAUGUUUAUUACAUAAGCUCAUUCCUUUGGAAUUAAAUUAAGUAAUAAGAAGGGGAAAAUUAAGUUAUUCAGUA